UCCAAGACCAUUUUGACUAUAAAAUCACAGACCCGAACUGUGCCCACUUUACAACAACUCACUCAGCCUCAGCAGACAUGGAGCACUGUCUAGCAUUAACACUGAAUCUGUUUUUAUUAUGUGCUGGACAAGAUGUUUCUGCAGCUAGCUCUCAGACUUACAUUGUGCAACCCAAUGACAAUGCCACUCUGUCCUGCAAUAUUUCACAUGCAACUAGUCAGCCGGAUACAAUUUCUUGGCUCCACCACCGCGAAGAUGAGUUGAAACCAGUGAUGACCAUAGAAUAUUUCAAAAUGUCCAAAAUGUACACAGAAAUCCGGAAUGAGAACAAUCCCCAUGUAGGUAUGGCGGACAACACCAGCCUUGUAAUUACCGGAGUGAAAACGUCUGAUUUGGGGGUGUACCAUUGUUUGGCCCGAAGAGGAGACAAAACCCUGAUUGUCAAAGCAAGCAUCAGAUUGUCAUUCACAGGCGAGGCAGGAGCUGGAGAGCAGGGGUCUACACUCCGCUGGGGCCUCCUUGCUGGCGUAGGACUCGCUUCAGCCUUUCUGGGGGCUCUGGUGACCUUCUGUGUAAGCUCUUGCAAAGCGAAACGCAGCAUCGACAAUACAGAAAAGAAUGGUCUAAAGAGUGUUGAUGUGCAGUAUACCAGUCUGAGAUGCCAAGGCAUAAAUUAUCAGAAAAAACUCCAUCGACCCCCAGAUGUGACCUACGCCACAGUGGCUCAUCGUUCUCCUGCCAAUGCCAGUGGCCUUAUUCGCUGAAUGUGUCUAUGAUGAUUAAGCAGUUUCAUUCGCUUGUGCCUUUAGAGGAGACUAUGUGAUGUAAUAUUGUUGCAUUGUUUCUUAUUUGUAAAUAUUUCACCAAUAAUGCUUAGUAACUAACAAGAUAUACAUGGAAUGAUUGUGCGUGCGUGUGUGUGUGUGUGUGAGCGAGCGAGUAAGUCUGUAUGUGCAGCCAUGUCAAACAUGCCUGUAGCAAAUUCAGAGUGCAAUGACCGAAAAACUUUAAACUUUUUUCACAAGCUGAAAACCUCUCAACGUGUCUAUGAUCUGCGCCCAUGUGUGUGUGGAUGACAAAGAGAGAGAGUUUAUCUGGCAAUUAUUGACGAUGAUAUACCUGUAGCAGAUAGCUUAGCAUGUAAUGUGUCCUGAACUUCUCUCCAAACUACACGCUUUCCAGCAAAUGUAUAAUGAAUAUAGUUCACCAUUUUCUUUUAAAAUAAAAUAAAUACUCGGGCUGAUCAGUGUACAG